AUGCCUACGCCGGAACUGUUCAAAUUACCUUACGACCGAGUGUCACCCAAGGAUAAGCAGAGUUUUGCUUAUACAACUCUGGUCAAGAGAUGGCCAGUGGUACUCACCAACGUGGUAUCUGCGGUGUCCAACGUGAACCAUGAGAUAUCCAUGCAAUCCGACAUUUCCAAAGAAGCUGAAGAAAAGUUGGAGGAAGGGAAAAGGAUAAUCAGUCAGAUAAGUCAGAUGAAAUAUGAUAUGGGACAUAAUGCAGCUUUGACACCGAUAGAGAACGAUGGUGAUAUCAACAGAGAAUGCUAUAAUGAUGAGCUCAAGACUUAUCCAGAUCAUGACAGGAGAUGGAGUACGAUGAAUUGGCUGUUCGCUGAAUGUUAUGUUUAUCGAAGACUGAGAAGUUACUUUGCCUCUACGGUCCAUUGGAGAGACUAUGAUCCGUUCUUUGAACAGAAAGCCGAGACUUACAAAUCGAGUUCGACUGCUAUUGUCCACCUCGCCAAAGCAAUGAACCAAGCUGUAGAGGAGAAAGAUGAAUUGAUCAAAGAUUAUGAAAAGCCCGGAUCCGCCUUGGAGAUCGCUUUCAUGGAGAUGAUUCAAGCGGACCUCUGGGGCAAUGCAACUGACCUUUCCCUCCUUAUUGAUCUCAAAUACGAGGACCUCCAGAAACUCCAAGCUGUAGGAGCCGCCGCACAAGAGGAACAAGCCAAAUUCAUAUUGAGAAAUGACCUGAGCAAAGCUUGGGAUCAUCUGAAAACUCUGAAAGGUGGCAGGGUCGAUAUAGUGUUGGAUAACGCUGGUUUUGAGCUGUAUACCGACUUGAUAUUAGCGGACUUUUUGGUAUCCUGUACACCCUUUGUUGAUCAGGUGAUAUUCCAUCCGAAAGCGAUCCCCUGGUUUGUUUCUGACGUACUGCCGUACGACUUCACUUGGGCAAUUGACUCUCUGCUCGAUACAUCAUUCUUCGCCUCUCACGCAUCUACUCCCCUCAGCCCCGAUGAUCUAGCCUCUUUGUCAGGAUUAGCAGCAAGGUGGAAGAGACAUCUGAAUUCUGGUCGAUUCAAGUUAUCCGUACCGGAGAACACCAAGUUGGGCAAAGCCACACCCUUAGGUAGAUUCUGGACAACGCAAUAUUCCUUCCAAGAUCUUCCGGAAAUCGCUCCUGGGACAUUACAGGAAUUGAGAAAGAGCGAUUUGGUCAUCUUCAAAGGUGAUCUGAACUACAGGAAAUUGGUAGGAGAUGCUUGGUGGCCUACUACUACUCCUUUCGAAGUCGCGUUGGGUCCAUUGGCAGGGAAGAUCACUUUAUUGAGUUUGAGGACUAACAAAGCUGACACGAUUGUCGGCUUGGAAGAAGGAAUCGAGGAGAGAUUGAACAAGGAAGCUCCUGAUUGGAGAGUAUCUGGCAAAUACGCCGUGGUAUCGUUCUCAAAACGGCGAUAA